AUGGAGGUAUUAGAAGCAGGUCUUUGCCAAUUCUGCUCGCAGUUAUUUCCACUUCGCGAAACGUUGAAUACGACUCGAGCUCAUCUAGCGAACGUCGCAGACUUGGUAAUGUCUGCUGAAAGUUGUCGUCUAUGCUGCGUGAUCCGCGACAAUUGGUCGUUGGAGCUUCCAGUUCCGGAUCAAGCCAACUCCGAAGCCCCUAUCGACACUGCAGCCUCAGCCCGCGAGAUCUGGAAGGUUCCUGAAACUUCAAUUCCUACAAAGAUUUCAACAAUGAAGACCUGGCUAAGCGACUGCUUGUCUAAUCACCAUUCUUGCAGGCCAUCAGCGAAUUACUUACCGAAGCGCUUAAUCGAAGCUGGCCCCUCGGGACAUUCCCCACUAAGGCUAGUGAGAAGUACACAUCUCUCUGCUGGAACGAGAUAUAUUGCCGUUAGUCAUUGUUGGGGUCCUACCUUGCCGAUACGGACAACGAAAGCGAAUGAAGCAAUAUAUACUAGGGAAAUUCCCUUUCCAUUACUCCCACAAACGUUUCGCGACGCGAUUUCGAUUGCCGAGGCAUUAGGUAUCCGAUAUCUUUGGAUUGAUGCACUUUGCAUAGUACAAGAUGACCCACUGGAAUGGGAAGUCGAAGCGGCUUCCAUGAAGGAUGUCUACUCGGGAGCCAUUCUUACUAUUGCCGCAUCCGAAGCUACCCAAAGCACAGAAGGCUGCUUCAAAAACCAGUCUUCAGCCCCACGACCCUCCCAUGAUAGCCCCGAGACCUACGAAGAGGAGGAAUUGCUAGCCUUCUUUACCACACCACCAUGUUCGACUGGCAGGCUCUCGGAUAUGGUAAGAAUCCAGGCAGGCGAUGUCCGAGAAGCUGCACAGCAAAAUAUUCUAAGUACCCGAGGUUGGGUGCUCCAAGAACAGCUUCUUUCACGUCGCAUGAUAUCCUGUAUGCACCAGUCGCUUUAUUGGCAGUGCCUGUCCACAUACGAGACAGAACCGGGAGCCAUUUUCCAAGUACGCCGUGAGGAUGCAUGGCGGAUUUGGAUGACGAAUUAUUCGGGGCGGAAAUUCUCCUUCGUACGAGAUAGGUUGUGUGCCUUGGCCGGCAUCGUACAACACUACCAGGAAAUGGCGGGGGGUUUGCCUGUUUUGGGUCUCUGGGAUUUCUCGAUCACGCGGGAUCUUCUUUGGGUAAGAACAGGAACUUGUCAUGAUAUGGGGCAGAGUGUCAAGAACCUGAACAUACCAUCUUGGUCAUGGCUGUCUUGUCCAGCGGAGAUUACUUUUGACCUCUGGAAGCUUACUAUUAGGUCCAAGUCUGUUCGCGAAGCCAUCCGAGAUCAUACAAGUUUAAUCGACUGGGAAGUUUCUUGGCGUGGUACACCAUUCACAUCUAGGCCUACACGGGACGUGUUACUCAAGGUGGCAACUGAUACUGGUGAAGCUAACCCACCAUUCUUUCUUGUCAUGGAAGAAAGCGCCGCAGAAGACGGCAAGCCUCUCCCGUUAAGAUGUGCAGCACAGUUCGACAGCGCCGAUAUUAAUCCACCAUACCGCUACAAGUGUCUCCUUUUGCGGUCGAGAACGCAUCUAGAUUCUCAGUUUAUUCACGAAACGUUCCUUAUACUAGAACUAGUUUCUCAUAUCCAGCAGCCAUUAUAUAAAAGGGUUGGCAUUGGGAAUUUCCGUGGCAAAGUUCCUGCAUUUAACUGGACAGAAUUGGCUUGCAUUGAUCUCUUAUAA